AUGGCGGGCAAACUGGCUGGUUCCAACGAUCUCGAGCGCUUGGCCGACCUGUGCAAUCGCACCUACAAGGAGCAGGCCGUGUGGUUCCUCAACGCCUUCUGGGACCAGUUCCAGGCCGAGGCCGAGAAGCUGUGGAAGCACGUCCAGCUCUGCGCCGACCUCGACGCCCAGCGCCACGCCGAGGGCACGGCCCUCGACGAGCUCAACGCGCACCGGUUCCUCGAACAGAUCGGCGAGACCCUCACGGUGGUGGCCCUGCGCGAGCGGCUGAGGAAGACCGGCGCCAUCGGCCAGACCGAGCGGCCCAAGGCCGUGCCCCUCACCCACUACAUCCUCUGGCGCUACGAAGUCGACUGGCACGUCCUCGUCAACUCGGCCGGUGACAACAGUGCCGAGCUGAACAAGGCGCAGGCCCUCCUCGACGGUGUGACUGCCGCAUUCAAGGAGUCGGAGAAGCAGGCGGCCUAUGCGCGCCUGCAGGAGGCGCCGUUCAAGGCGGCGCAGGAGGAGGUGGACGCGGCGCUGGCCGACGUCAACGCGCAGGAGUCGGCGCGCGACAGCCGCACGGCCGAGCUGCAGCGCAAGAGCACGGAGGGCGGCAUCGUGCAGCAGAACAAGGCCAAGGCCGAGCUGGCGCAGCACCUGGCCGAGGACCCGCUGCCGCUGCGCAAGGCCAAGAUCACGCUCGAGGCCGCGCUCAAGCGCGCCGAGAAGGCGCGCGCCCCCUUCGAGGCCGCCACCCGCGCCGCCGAGGCCGCGCUCGACGACGCGCGCCAGAAGGUGGAGGAGGCCGAGGCCUAUCUCGAGGAGGUCAAGGCCAAGCCCGGCUCGCCCCUCGGCGCCAUCUGGUGGAUGGAGACCGAGCUCGAGGAGCAGAAGAAGUACCUGCCCUCGUCCAAGGGCGGCGUCGCCAAGCGCGGUUGA